UUUUGCCACAACCUUUCUUGUUGUUGUUUCUAUCGAGGCAUCUAUCAAUUCCAAAUCCACCAAAUAGAAUGACAGCCGAUGAUAUAAUUCGAGUAGCAGUGACGGUCUCGUUGGUGCAGGUUGGCUGUGAUCUGCUGGCGCGCUACAUGAUCUUCCAAAAAGAGCCCUACCAACGUGCCGUUAGUACACUGGAACGACGCAAAGCGCAAUACGACAAACUCGUCAAGGAAUUCGAAGGCAAGACGGGCAAGCAGCAAGAAAAAGUAAAAAAGCGAAUGGACCGAGCCAAGGAUGAUUUGGGAGAAGCCAAAAGUGCCGUCGCAGCCAAACAUACCACUCCCGGAAUGUUGACAUCGAUUGCCUUUGUCUUGCUCUUUCGCAUAUUGGGAACCGAACAUUCGGGAAAAGUCAUGGCGGUCCUACCCUUUCAACCGCUCUCUUUGAUGAGAAAAGUUACCUUGCGAGGACUCGAUUUUGGAGGCGAUAUGGGCUUUAACAUUUUCAAAGAGAGCCCGGGUGUCCAAUCGGUCCAUCAAGCAUGUUCCCUCAUGUUCAUCUACCUUUUGUGCAACAUGGGAGUCAAAUUCUAUGUCCAUCGGUUGGUAGGACAACAAACUCCGGAAGGAGUCGGAGGAAUCAUGGCACUGGCGGAAAACCCAAAAAUUGCCAAGGGAUUGAAGGAAAUGGGGCUCGACCCCGAUGAGCUAAAGCAAGAUUGAAUUCGAUUCGAUUCGUUAAGAUAUAACUAUUUACUUGCAAUUCACAAACGCAGGUAGCCAGCAAACUGCAAUCCACAGGUCUCUCUCUCUCCCUCAUUCGCGAGGAAAAUACAGUCCGUAUUCUCUCAUCAUUGAUUUAGAUGUCACGUUGUUUCCAACGGAAAAGCUGCACCUUCGCAUCUUUUCGCAUGCUGUCAAUUACGUGCGAGGCGCCACCAAAACUGUUCUCUAACUAGCAACAUGUACUAGCAGCAAAGGUUCCGUUGCAUGGACACCGUCGCAGCCGUAUUGAUUUACUUCGCCCAGGAGUUCUUUUCACAGGGCUUUCGGGGUCCUUGGCAUUGAGCCUCCAUGGCUCGUCAUCACUCCAGUC